AUGGGCAAGUAUCCUCGAAAGAAGAACAACCAGAACAACCGAGACAAAAACGACGACGGUCGACGUAAGUCCGGCUGGGAGGACGUUGUAAAGGAGAACGAAAAGUGGGAGAAGUACUACAAGGCCCAGGGUAUUGUUCCCGAGGCUGAGUGGGAUGCUUUCAAGACCGCUUGCCAGUCUCCUCUUCCCGUCUCUUUCCGAGUGACCGGAUCUACUGAGCUCACCGACGAGAUCCAGGCUGCUAUCGUCGACGACUACGUGCCCCAUCUUUCUGGCCUUGUUUUUGAGGGUGAGGAAGUUGUGCCUCCCCAGAACAUCAAGUUCUACCCCAACAACCACGGAUGGCAGUUCAACGUUCGAAAGACUGUUGUUCGAAAGCAGAAGCUUUUCUCUCGUUUCCACCGAUUUCUGGUGCUUGAGACUACUGCUGGUAACAUUUCUCGACAGGAGGCUGUCUCUAUGAUUCCUCCCAUUCUGCUUGACGUCCAGCCCUCCGAUGCUGUUCUUGAUAUGUGCGCUGCUCCCGGUUCCAAGACCGCCCAGCUCAUCGAGGCCGUUCACGCAGGAGGCGAUCUCAACCCCUCCGGUUUCGUCAUUGCCAACGACUCCGACUACAAGCGUUCUCAUAUGCUUAUCCACCAGGUCCAGCGUCUCAACUCGCCCAACCUGAUUGUCACCAACCACGACGCCCAGAUGUACCCCAAGGUCGCUAUUGCCGCCAAGGGCGUUGAUGGUGCCAAGUCCAACGAGUACCUAAAGUUUGACCGAAUCCUGUGUGAUGUUCCCUGCUCUGGAGACGCUACCAUGCGAAAGAACGUCAACGUGUGGCCCGACUGGACCCCCGGCAACGCUCUGGGUCUCCACCAGCUGCAACUCAACAUUCUCAUGCGAGGAAUCCAGCUGCUUAAGCCCGGAGGACGUCUCGUCUACUCCACCUGUUCUCUCAACCCCAUCGAGAACGAGGCUGUUGUUGCCGAGGCUCUGCGACUCUCUAAAGGCUCCGUGCACCUGAUUGAGUCUCGAGGCGAUAUCCCCAACCUUAUCAAUUCCAAGGGAAUGACCGACUGGAAGGUCCAGGCUAAGGGCAACAAGGAUGGCUGGAACAACAAGGGUGACGAGGGCUGCACCGACUCCUGGUUCCCCCCCACCGACGAGUCCAUCAAGGAGCAGCUCACCAAGUGUAUCCGAGUCUACCCCCACACCCAGGACACUGGCGGUUUCUUCAUUGUCGCCUUUGAGAAGGCCAAGGAUGUCGAGGAGGAGGACGACAAGAAGCGAGUUGCCGAGGAUGAAACCCGAGACGCCAAGCGUGUCAAGGUUGAUGCUAGUGACAUCAUCGAUGCUGCCAAGGAGACCGCCUCGGACGCUAAGGAGGCCGUUGUCGAUGCUGCUGAGACCGUCAAGGAGGCCGUUACUGAUGCUGCCGAGACUGUCAAGGAGAAGUUUGAGGGUGUUGUUGCUGAGGUCAAGGAAGACGCUAAGGAUGAGGAGCCCAAGAAGUCCAAGAAGAUGCCCUACGACGCCAACGAGGAGCCCUUUGUCUUCGUCGACCCCAACCACGAGGAGCUGCAGAAGUGCUGGGACUUUUACAAGUUCAACGACCAGUUCCCCCGAGACUCCAUGAUGGUCCGAAACCACACCGGUGAGCCCACCCGAACUAUUUACUACACUUCGCCCAGCAUCAAACCCAUUCUUGAGCUCAACGCCAACCGACUCAAGUUUGUGCAUGCUGGUACUCGAUUUUUUACCCUGCAGAAGAACGAGGACACAUGCAAGUGGCGAAUCCAGAGCGAGUCCGUCAACCGAGCCUUUCCCUAUAUUGGAGCUCGAGUUGUCAAAGGCAAUCUUGACAUCAUUAAGUUCCUGGCUACUACUGAGUUCCCCAAGUUUGAGAUUCUCGAGAAGGAGUACCCCGAGUUUGCCAAGGAAGUUUCUGCUCACACCGAGGGUUGCCUGAUCCUCACAGCUCAGUACAACGAUCGAGAGAUCUGUCUUCCCAUGUGGAGAGGAAAAAUGAGUGCCAACCUGAUGAUCAACAAGCAGGACAAGGAGGAGUUCCUCCACCGAGUCUUCAAGAUCGAGGGUAUUAAGACCCGAGGUCAGCAGCAGCAGCAGAAGCCCGUUGCCGCCGAGUCUGCCGAGCGAGCCCAGGGCCAGGCCGAGGCUGCCAAGGCUGUCGAGGAGGCAAAGCAGGAGAACGAGCAGGCCGAGAUUGCCGAUGAGAUUGUUGAGGAGAAUGUCGUUGAGAAGGCGGAAUAA